UUUUUUUCUUUCUCGAAGCCACCAGGCCAAGGCUCCUUUUCUCUAUCCUCUAUCACACUAACACCUUCGAAACUUCUGGAAACCACAAAUAACCUAACUCCCUCCCUCCUCUUUCUCAAUGGCCUAACUGGUGAUUAUCUGCUUCAACAGACUCCGACCCUAAUUCAUAUAAACCAAGCGGCGAAACAUCAAAUUCAAACAGUUAGAGCAAUUAACUUCGUCGUUUUUACGAAACUCGGAGGAGCAUAAAUGGCGAGCAGGUAGCUAGAGGUUAAGUUUGCAGAUCUGAAACCAAAGAGCAUAUGACGCCAUUGCCGGUGGAGCAGACGGGCGAAUCAGGGGCGACGGAGUCACAGAGAUCCAUUCCGACGCCGUUUCUGACGAAGACGUACCAGCUGGUGGACGAUCCCUCUGCUGAUGACCUAAUUUCAUGGAACGAAGAUGGCACCACCUUUAUUGUUUGGCGACCAGCUGAAUUCGCUCGAGAUUUGCUUCCCAAGUAUUUCAAGCACAACAACUUCUCCAGCUUCGUUCGCCAGCUCAACACCUACGGAUUUCGCAAGGUCGUACCUGACCGCUGGGAAUUCGCUAAUGAAUGUUUCCGGCGAGGGGAGAAAGGUUUGCUUCGCGACAUACAGAGGCGUAAAAUAUCGCCGGCAGCUGGUGACAAUAACGUGGUGACGGUUGCCAUGGCAGCACCGGGGAGAGUGGUGUCGCCUACGCCGACGAAUUCCGGCGACGAACAGGUACUAUCCUCCAACUCAUCUCCGAUUGCUCCUCCUGCUGCUGCGCAACACAACAAUAAUAGUAAAAAUACAGUGCACCGCACUACCAGUUGCACCAGUGGACCCGAGCUAUUAGAAGAGAACGAGAGGCUUAGGAAAGAGAAUGGUCAAAUGAAAAACGAGUUGAGUCAAUUGAGAGGUUUGUGUAAUAAAAUACUGGCGUUGAUGUCAAACUAUGCUUCUCGUUCUUCAGCGCAAUUACUAGACUCCUCUGCAAGUGGCGUCGCCGCUGCGGUAGUUGAAGGGAAAGUGGCGUUGGAGCUUUUGCCUGAGAAGGGCGUUCCAUGUGCUGUUGACACCGCCGAAGCGGAGGUUCCGAAGUUGUUUGGGGUUUCCAUUGGGAUGAAACGUUCUAGAACCGAAAGCGAGGCUGAAAUUGAAAGAGAAGAUCACAAUCAAACGCAAACACAAAGGAAAACACAGUCAUCACAGGAACCUGAACGCGGGUCAGAUGUGAAAUCUGAGCCGUUGGAUGGGGACGGAUCGGAUGAUCAGGACCCUCGAUGGGUCGAGCUUGGGUAAUAUUGUGUAGAUUUCACGAAUUGGGAAAGGCGGUGUUUGGCUGUUGGUUAGUUGUUAGUAUGCGGCCAAAACCACGCUUGGUAUACAGCAAACCAAAUUUGCCAUAUGUCGGCCACACCACACCGUUGGUGCUGCCAAGUGUGCCAACGAAAUAGGGCGCCCCGGCUGAAAAUUCCAUGUUGGAUGCUGCUGCUGUGAUGUUGCGUUAGCGUGAUUUUUGGUGUGGCUUCAGAUGGAUAAAAACUACAUUUUAGAGAUUACUUAAGUUUGUACAUAUGUAAACUUUAGGUAAUUUAAUUUAAUUGGUGGAAAUUUUUGGUUUUUUUUUAUAUGGAUAGAAGUAGUGUGUAAUAUAUUUU